UUUCCAAAUAAAAAACCAAUUUCCGUUGAGAUUAUAAAUUGUCGGAACUCCGAGUUCAUCAUCAUCACAAUCCAUGAAAAAUCUUCUUGUCUUUGUCUUCUGCACCUUCCAUCUUUAGCACAAUACAAUGUAUAAUUCCCCUACUCAAAUGCUUCAAAAAGCUGACCCUUUCUUCCACCCAAAUGAACCAAAUGAUCAUCAUCCAAUGCACCAAUUUCCUCAUAAUUUCUCUAUUGAAUCCACUAAUUAUCUUGAUCCACUUCACUCUUUUUCUGAACAUGAAAAAUCCCCUGUUCUUGAAGGAAUUGGAGCUGUAGUUGGAGAACAUGUUCUUUUCGGAAAUAACAAUAAUAACAAGAAUGAUGAUAAAAAUUCUGAGAGUACACGUGCGGUUUCGAUUAUUAAACGCACGUGUCCUGCAGAAAAGAGAAAUAAUUUAGGGGGAAAUGUUAGUGUGGAGCGGAGCUACAGGGGAGUAAGGAAGAGGCCAUGGGGUAGGUGGUCAGCCGAGAUACGCGACCGUAUAGGGCGGUGCCGCCACUGGCUAGGAACAUUCGACACGCCGGAAGAGGCGGCGCGUGCAUAUGACGCGGCUGCAAGGUGGUUGAGAGGAUCAAAGGCGCGUACCAACUUCCAAAUACCUCCAAUGGUGCCUUUGCCUUUGGUGAGUUCACAAACAUCAACAACAACAUCUUCUAAUUCAUCUGGUGAAGUGAAAAAGAAAAAGAAGAAUAGUGUUUGUGUUAAUAAAAGGAAGUGUUCAGUGGUAACAUCAGCUGCACAUCUUUUCAGUUCGGGUAGUGUUGGUCAUGUUAAUGAAUUAAAUAAAGGGGUUAGUGUUACUGUGGAGCUUGAUCUCAAGCUGGGAUUUGGGAAGAAGUAGUUUUAAUUUUGCGCAGUUGCUACAGUUGUGUCUAGAGGCUAUAACUAAUAUAGUGCUUAGUUAGUGUGUAAAUUAAACUAUGUUGUUCUAGCUAGGUUCAGCCUGUUUCAUUUUGAAGUUUUAUCCUGAUCACUGAAUGACUGUUUUGUUGUGUUUAUUUGAUGCAACAUGCAAUAUGAAAAAGAAGUUUUUGAUGCUG